AGCAAACCAAGAGCCAAAGCCAAGACCCUUCUCGCGCCAUUCAUCCUCUCCAUCACUCCAAAGGCCUCCCAUGUCUCAAGCUCCCAUACCUUCAACAAUCUCCCGUCCAUCGCCAUUCGCCAAUCCCCUCUCUCACUGAUGGCUCUCGCAUUGCCAUGCCCAACCCUGGGCUUCACCAGCCAUCGCUGUGUCCUCGCCACCAUUGCUCCGUCCACGGGAUCUCUCUCUAUUGCCAAGCAAUGGAGGAGGAUGAAUGGAUGUGGCCUUGCUUUUGAGUUGUGGUCAAGACCAAGAAGCUUAGACCUGUUGGUUGUUCGAUCAAGCGCCGAUGGUGGCAGCGGCGGCGGCGGAGAUGGAGGGCUGGCCAUUCGAUGGGAGGAUUGGUUGAAACUCCCGCAGAAGCAAGCCGGCGCCGUUUCCCUUAGCGAUGUCGUCUGGCCUUCCGCAGGUGCAUUUCUUGCAAUGGCUGCACUUGGAAGGAUGGACCAGAUGGUAGCUUCCAAGGGAAUAUCUUUCACCGUCGCACCUCUUGGUGCUGUUUGUGCAGUGUUGUUUGCAACUCCCAAUUCCCCUGCUGCACAGAAAUAUAACAUGUUUCUAGCUCAAAUUGGUUGUGCUGCAUUUGGGGUAUUGGCUUUCUUGAUAUUUGGACCAGGCUGGUUGGCAAGGGCUGCAGCUCUUGCUGCAUCCAUAGCAUUCAUGAUUGUCACAGGUUCAACGCAUCCCCCAGCUGCAAGUCUGCCAAUUAUGUUCAUCGAUGGCGCAAAGUUUCAUCAUUUGCAGUUUUGGUAUGCCUUGUUUCCCGGAGCCACUGGCUGCAUACUGCUAUGCUUAAUUCAAGAACUGGUGAACUAUUUGAAGGCCAACUAUAAAUUUUGACCUCUUGGCAUGCAAAGAGGAUGAGAAUCAACUCAGCUGUGGCUUCUUCAAAGUACUGAGUACAUAACAAAAUUUAUUCUCUUAGAAGCAUUGAAAGCUCUUGUGAUCAUUAUCCAUGUUGUUCUCACAUCUGGAAGAAUGUAAACAUAUAUGAUUAAGAAGUGGAGAUGGUUAAUGAUGAUUAGUUUACGCAUGGUUAAGUUAAGGGUGUGCUGGCAAAAACAUUUUGUAAUAUUUUAUUUAAUCGAAUAGAGAAAGAUGAUUUAUAUAUUC